AUGACAAGGGAAGCUGAAGAAGUUGAUGCAGACUCCUACCGCCACUGGCUAAGAAAGAGAUCAGAACUCUUAGAAAGCGCUGCGACAGCUUCUGAUAAAGGCCAAAGAUUAGCUGCAACCGAUGCGGACGCCUUGCGUGGUCUUCAGGGCCCAAAUCAGUUUUCAGGUCAAACUUCGGUAGCCGUAGGAAAAGAGGAGGGACGUAUAGAAUCAUUUUCUAACACUGGGAAUGAGAAUAGUAUGUAUCAAAAUGCAAAGGCUACCCAUGAGGCUUCUGGUGAGACACGAUCAAUAGCAAAACCAAACUCAUUUUUGAAUUCAGGUCAAGCACCUGAUGCAAAGUCUAUCAAAGAUCAAAAAAAUAUAUUUCAAAGGUUUUGGGAAAAAAUUAGGAAUGCUUGGAGCAGACUUUGGGAAUUUGUACUUCGGAAAGACCGCAAGCCACCAACUAGUUCUGGAAACAAAGGUUUGAAACAAACAACACCAACCUCCUCUGAUUCCCCAAUCAAAACACCUACAGAUAUUAAUCCUACCCAGGAUGAUUACCAAAAGAAAACCCAUGAGGGGUUGAUGACAGCAAAAAAGGAAGGAGUUGAAACCACUAGAUUUACUCAGCCUGCAAAGGAAAAUAAAGUUUUCUCAACCAAACAAAAUGAGAUUCUUCCAGAAGUUGUCACACCAGAUAAAUCCAAUUCAGAAGAUAUCAACCCCAAGAAAUUCAACUCAAACAAUAUGACUCCAGUGAAAUCCAAAUCACAAGGUACAAACCCAGAGGAACACAAACAAAAAGGUAUUGCCCAAGAGAAGUCCAAGCCAAAAGAUAUGACUGCUCAGGAAUUCCAACCAACAGAACAAAAUUCAGUCAUGAAAAAAUACAAUGAUGGUGGUGGAGUCUUUGAGGAUGAAAGAUUAAACAGUGAUAAAAAUGAAAUCUUGAUUGCAGAUAAUGAGUUUUCUGGGGAUAAAGAUGGAAGAGAAGCAGCUGGUCAAGAUGAAAGAACAAGAGAAGUCACCUCUGAUGGAAAUUGGAAAGACAUUUUCAUUGAAGAAGAUUCAAAUAACAACAAAGUGGAUUUAGACAGGAAAACAGAGAAUUUGGAAAACAAUAGAGUAAACAUAGACAGGAAAGAAGAUGAUUUGGACCACAAAAAAGUGGAUGGAGUAAAUGAAACAGAGAACAAAGACAACAAAAACUCUCAAGGAAAAGGCAAAAACAAGGGCAAAGAAAACAAAAAUAACAGACCUAACAACCAAGAAAAAGACAAGAAUAAAGAAAAAGCAGAGAAUAGUGAAUCAACUGUAAUGUACUCAAAUUCAGGGGAUCGUGAAAAACAUGAAGGCCUGGCUUUGCUUGAAGACCUAGUGGAUUUAUCUGUUCAACAACACUUAGCAUCAUUCAUGAUUGGUAAUGCGGAUAAUGUGGAUGAAUUACUGGAAAUCAAGAAGGUGUUCCCAGAAUUUGCUAAAUUAAAUUUACACAACAAAUUUAAGCAGGCAUUACUUUAUUUUGAAGAAACUAAAUCAACAUAA